AUGCGUUUGUUUAGAGUGCCCAUAUGGCUUUUCGGUGUCCAGCUGGCUGCCGCCAGAUUUUGCGCGUAUUUAGAUCAAUGGCAUAGCACCAUCCUCCCAGGUAAAGAAAUAACCACCGGCGUCGACUGUGCUAUCAUGGCUUUCGCAAAUAGCAGCCUCUUCGUCGAGAGUCCAUCGGGCGAGUAUACCCCAUUCCCCCCCAUCAGUGAAAUUCGAGGCCGCUUUGCAAAUGGCACUAAACUGCUUAUUGCAAUCGGAGGCUGGGGCGAUACGGCGGGAUUUUCUGCAUGUUCUAAAGAGGAUGCUAGUAGGAAGCAGUAUGCGAAAAACGUAGCGGAGAUGGUUAAUAAACAUGGUUUCGAUGGUGUUGAUAUCGACUGGGAAUACCCUGGGGGUAAUGGACUAGACUACAAAGAGACUUCGAACUCAGCAAAAAAGAGCGAAAUUGACAAUUUCCCACUUUUCCUCAAGGAAAUAAGAAACGCUAUUGGCACGGAGAAACAACUCUCCAUUGCGGUGCCUGGCAGGAAGUCAGAUAUGAUUGCCUAUACUCCCGAAAACGGGCCGGCUAUCUGGGAGAGCGUAGAUUUUGUCAAUGUACUAUUUUCUAAUAAGCCAUCUACCCUUACUACGUUUGAGAGAAUGCUUACCGUUUUAUUCAAGAUUAUGACUUAUGACCUCAUCAAUCGCCGUGACAAUGUGACAGCCCACCAUACCAGCGAAAAGGGCUGCCUAGAGACAGUCCAGAACUACCUAGAUAUAAAGCUGCCUCCCGAGAAAAUCAACCUGGGCUUUGCUUUCUACGCAAAGUACUUCACGCUAGACCCCAAAGCAAACUGCACUUCAGAAAAGCCGGUUGGAUGUCCCAUAGUCCACGGUGAAUUCGAAAAUGGCACAGAUGCUGGCACUUCGGGCUCCGUUACGUUCGAGGUAGCCGAGAUAUCCCCGCCUCGUGCUCCCGUUGGAGUUUCGCCAAAUGCGACUUGUGGACCUCUCAAUGGGUUUCGAUGCGAAGAUGGGUUCUGCUGUAGUUCGGCUGGAUAUUGGUAA